AUGAGUGCAAUCGCCAAGAUUCUCGGGCUAUCGGCCUACACGGCUCUCGUAGCAAUCUCCCUCCCGUACAUCCAACAACACAAUAUCCCCUCCCGUCUCCAAACAUCACUGAACAGGAUCCUCUCCCCACCGACAGAUGAUGCCUUUUCUGAACCCGAAAUCUGGACAUCAGAGCCCUACGCCUGCCAAUCCCAAAACUACACCACGCAAAUCGUCUCCCUCGAUCCCUUGGUAAUCUACAUCCACAACUUCCUCUCCGAAGCAGACAUCGCAUCCCUCCUGGAAGCAGGCGAACCAGCCUUCAAACCCUCCUACGUCGUCAAGAAUGGCAGAACGCAAGGAACGCCAGAUAGAACCUCCUGGUCCGCUGGUCUCCCUGCCGACGAUGUCGCCGUGCAAUGCGUGCUCGCCAGGGCGGAAGGGUUCCUGGGCACGAUGAUGGCGCCCGGGCGGGACGAGAUUGGACCGCCCCAGUUGGUGCGGUAUACAAAGGGCCAGAGAUUCAACGUCCACCACGACUGGUACGAUGAUUUCCAACCUGAUGUUAGGACAGGACGAAGAAGGAAGUGGAACCGGGUGGCGAGCUUCUUUGCGAUUUUGGAGGACGAGUGUACGGGUGGCGAGACGUGGUUUCCCAAGAUUGAGGCUGUUACGCCGCAGCAUCGGAGGGUGGAUGAUGAAGGGACCAUGUGGAGGAAGCACAAUGAUGGUGGGAUCGCGUUCAAACCUGUCCUUGACUUACUGCAGAACUUCCGGUGCCGAAGCAUGAGAAUGGCCAUGCCAAAAGAAAUUGAUCUUAGCUUCGAAAGACACUCCAGAAAAAGCCCACUCAAAUAUCGCGUCAAACUCAACCCACGCAAAAGCUUGCGCACUCGCGGCUGCCUCUUCCACAUGAUAGGCAUCCCAUCUUCAAAUUUGCCUCUUCUGUCGCUUCCCGAAGUUCUCUACCUCUUCCCUCGACCGCCACGCCGACUUCCCGACGGAGCGUCCUCAAAUUCUCGGCAGGUACCAUACGGAAGCCCAUUCAUUCGACCCCAGAGCACUACCAUGGAGGGUGCUGUCGCACGCCACCGGCACAAUGGUGAAGCCGAUGCCGUCAAGAAUGAAGAGGACAAUGGGCUGCCGAAACCCAUCCAACUCGCCGGCACUUUUUUCAAGCUUCAAGAUCGUGAAUUCUCACCAGACAACUCAACCGAUGGCUACACCUCUUCCCAAGAUGAUCCAGAAAAGGUGGUCUUCCUCAACGACCCUGGCAAUUUCAUCAUCGUUACCCUACUCAAACGGUGUCAUCGACGGUACACGAUUGACAAACCGCUCACGAUUGACUCUUACUACGUCGGCAUCAAUGCGACCGACUUCACGCCCGCAUUCACUCGCAGCGUCGCUGUGAGCUCGCUGAAAAACAAUACCUACGAAUACACUGCGCGCACAGGCUCGAGCAUGACGCUUCCGUGUCUCAUCAUCCCGCCCGUCGAUAUGCUUCGCCCCAAUCAGGUACUCUUUCUGAAGCACUUGUCGAGGGAACAAGGCUACGGGAGCAAGUUCCGAGUCGUACCAGAGAAUGAGUUAGCGGAAUACAAGAAACAACAGCAGGAUGCCUUCGCCGCGGGCCACACAUGUCCUUUACUCGUGGCCUCUGCAGAAACUAUGCCCGAUUACGCCGCCAUAUCUGACACGAGAGAGGACAAGUGGAGGCACUUUAGACUGAUGAUGCCGAAGAUGCAGGGAAUAAGCAUCCCAAAAGGUCUCAUGAGUGAGAUUGACACGUUCCUUGCCAAGUACGAGCGAGAUAUUGUGUCUCCAAUCCUUGCCUUGAUCUUAGCCAUCAUUUAUCAUGACUGCUACCACGCUCUUGAUCUAGGAGCCGAGAAGGGGACGAAGAAGCCCAUGAAGCCUGUUCCUUUGGUUUCGCUUGCCCAGAUGAUAUUGUAUGGGCCGCACUACUUUCGGAUCCACGAGGAACUCAAGCUCUCGGCCUACGUCCACAUCUUCCGCGCCGUGGACUACUUUUACGGCAACGAUAAGAAGCUCGACGCCUUCGUGAUCAACGACGAGGACAUCAAUACCGAUGUUGUUUUCAAGUACAUUGAUGAGAUGGCACUUGACGAGGAGGACUGGCUAGAGAUCGUGCCCCCUUCUUGGGAAGGUUCAGAAAUUACCAUGCCUUUGAACCAUGGAACUCGAGCACCGCCCUCCCCAGAGCUUACCGCCCUGCUAAUGAUGCCCGACAUCUACACUUUGGGUUUCGCUGGGUACACUAAUGGAAAGUGGCCUGACAUGGGCAGGAGGACGAGGGAUACGCUGAUGCAUGGUUUAUUCCUUCCAAAGCACAUUCAGUCCAACCCCAACCUUUGGCGUCCUGUGGCCGAUGAAGAGAUUUGCCUCAAGGCCCUGGAGCCCUACCAGGAUCAACUCGAUCAUCAGAUAUGGUCAGCGCCAAAGAUGUCGGUUCGAUCGCCCUGGUCUGAGGCGGUGACUUUCGACUCAUAUUCUGACCCGGACAAUGGGGAUACGCAGGUGUCAUAUGAGCUCGAAGCCGAGGACAGCAAUGUCGGUAGUCCCUCCGGUCCAUGCAUCACACUUGACAAGAGUAUCCAAGACACCAAGGACUACUACAAAGUCUUUAUCAAAAAGAUCCGACAGGGUCAGAACGCAGGGCUCAUCGACAAGUCCGUCACAUUAGGCCUAGAUGGCCAUCUCACGUGGCCUGGGUUAGAAAAUCAGCCUGCCGGAAGACGCAAAUUACCCGGCGGGAUCAAUCUUCAAAAGCUGAUUGCUGAGUACGACGCCGCCGAUGCCGAUCGCAUCUCCAAGAUCGAUCGUCGCACUCUUCACAAAUUACUCCAUAUAGAUCUAGCUGACGGAGAGCAUGUGGCCAAAUGUGCUCGAGAACUCAAAGCUCGCAUCAACAUCGACGAUGAAGAUCUGGGAAAGGCUCAGGUGCGAAAGGCCUUCGAAGACUGUCUACUUCCGACGCGCAACGAGACGAUGAGGAUUUGGAACGAAGCGGCGUCCGCUUAG